AUGAACGUCCCGAUCAUCGGUAAGACCUCCUCAUUUCCCUUCUUUCUACUUCUUCAAUCGAGACGCGCCGUCUUGCGCCGUUUUGUCAUUUUUGGUUCGGAAAGAGGACAUCUGACUUGUCUUGCUGGUUCGUGGGAUCUUCUGCGUCCGCGAAGAUCCCUUGCAGGGGGAUUUCCCAGAGGUGAUAGAGGAGUACCUGCAGCAUGGAAACAUGAAAUGCAUCGCUUUUAACCGUCGCGGGACCCUUCUUGCCGGUGAGUUUCCUGCUCAGAAGAUGAAAUAGACAUUAGACGGGCUCCGCUCCGAGAUCAGGGCCACCCUAAAAACUCCAGUGCCGAUAGCAGAUUACAUUUGGGCCUUUCCUAUUCUGUCCACUGCACGUUGAAAUCUCUGUUAUCUGUUAAUUCUGGUCUGAAAGCAGCAGGUAUGGUUCAUCUAUCAUCAGUUCCAUUGCCGGAAUGAUGGUAUUCGAUUAACUCUGAGUCUUUACCUCCUUUCCCCAGGCUUUCAGCGUGAACACAAUGCUGGUUCUUCCUCUUACGUUCAUGUCUGGCCCAUCUGUAAUUAUCUGCAGGGAGACCAAUCCCCUUGCGAGGAAUUGGGGAUUCAAUUUUGCACACAGGAACCUACUUUGUGCACAAAUUUAUUUCCUUCAUUUCCCACGUUUUUUUCGAUUACUAAUGUAGUCUUUUUAUCCACGCCAGCCGUAGGAUUGUUGAAUGUUGAGCCUUUCCUCAAGAAACAGGGGCUCAGGUUCAUCUCCUAGGAUUUCCUAAUCAUAUGGGAAGUGUGUGUGUGGGCAACCAGUGAGUACCUCUGAUAUUUGGCCAUUUUCUCAUUGUCAACAAGAAAAAGAUCAUCUUUUCCUUAAGCUGUUUAAUGAUUUGGUUAAGCAUAAUCACGGGUGAGUUUGUCUGUUCCAAUUUCAGUCUUCCUGGAACUUUCUCAUUCGUGAAUCUAUGGAAAUGUAAUAUGAUUUGUCAUGGAUCAGGUUAGAUGCUCUUCAAUAAAGUAUGUGUUUUUCUUUUUCUAAUCACAAAAAUAAAUGGAUGGUCCGUCCUUACUCUUCUUUCAAAUCUCAGCGAAAUAAGAUGAAGGAGCCUUCUUUCUUUUAUUUUACUAGUCGUGUGUUGUAAUCCUCCAUGAAAUUAAGCAAACUUCUCUGCUUUCUGUAGCAAUAAGAUGUGUCUAAAACCUAAACCCUGAACCCUAAACACAAUACUGGCAUUCUUUAUGCAUAGAAAUUUACCAAUGCAGUUGAUGGUGAUUUUUUUUUUUAAAUACAAGGAAAAAUCAGAUUGUCAGUGCCUCACUUUAAAUGAUGCCUCUUGACUCCCAACGAGUGACCUCUGCAAGGCAUCUUAGAGAUAUAUUCAGCCGUGCAGUGAGCAAAGGUGCUCAUACAGGGUUCAGGUGGCUCAGCUCAUGUUAGUCAACUUACCAAACUUUCUCCAUUGAAGCGGAGAACAUGCUGGUGUUCCCUGAGGGCUCCUCCUGCAAUUGGGUUUCCUGAAGAAAAUGUAAAAAUGUGUAAUUUUAAGAGAUAUAGAUAUACCUCAUUCAUGUAAAAAUGAUGUACUGGAAAAAAUGCACACUUGGGCUUCUAUUUUUGGAAGAAAUUAUCGAUUCUUUAGAAGAUAUCUAAUUCCACGGAUGGCAUCCUUCUCUCUCUAGGUAAUUUAAGGAACGGCAUCCAGCCUUGUCAUGGAGAUCCUUGUAGAGUGUGGAUUUAUGCUGAAUCUGUGCACCACAAAGGCACUGUCAUUCUUGGUCCACAAACUCCUAAGGUCUACAUUCUUGUUUCAAACUAGUUUAAAUCGCCUCUUCAGCCGGCACUGUCAUCAUUGCCACCUCAGAACAUCGAGUGCCCAGCUGUGAGAAAGGUGACUCCAUCUAGAUUCCUGGUCUUCCAUGGUUCUUUGUACAUGUUUUUCUUCUUCUAUUCUUAUUUCUAUUUUAGCAUAGAAAAGAGAAGGCAGCCCUCAGCCCAUUAGGGAUGGGAUUCUGAAGAUGGAAUGAAUUGUUCUGACUCAGGGAUGCGAUUGCUGUUUCCAUUCAUCUGUAAUGUCUCUGCCAAAUGCGAGUCUCUUACCAAAACUAGCCAUUUUCCAUCUUUUUAAGCCAUCUUUCUGGUCCUCCGGCUGGUGGGCCUUCCACUUUGUCCCUUCCUGUUGAUUCUUUGUAAUUUGCUCCAAGUUGUUGAGUACUAGUCAUUCAAGGCUUUUCCCCCAUGAACUUUUGGAGCAAUAUUUAUUAUGAGUGCCGUAGAUGCUGUCUGAAUACUCGGUUCCAGAGGUGAAAAUGCAGUGGACAUUUUAUGCAUAAAUAAACGUUGAGGUCGGUUCUUCUGCCAGACUACCUCAUCAGAUAUAUAUAAAUUAGCUCAUUUAUAUGAGUCUGUUUUCUCCCUCCAUAGUUCUCCAUUAUUUAUCAUCAUCAACCCCUUAUUAAUUCAUCUGACAUGGAAACAGCAGGUUCUACCAUAAUCUCAGCUAGCUUCUUGGGGUUGUCCUGCAGAUACCCUGAUAGAGAUUGCUCAAUUUAUCCUCCAAGAACUGUUGUUGGAUCUUGCUGGGGGACUGAACUCUUUCGUAAUCUUGUUGCAGCUGGCUGUGCUGAUGGGAGUUGUGUCAUCUGGGACUUUGAGACGAGGGGCAUCGCGAAGGAGCUUCGAGACAAGGACUGCGUGGCCCCUAUAACCAGCGUCUGCUGGUCCAAGUACGGCCAUUAUAUUCUGGCGUCCGCCACCGACAAGUCGUUGACUCUCUGGGACGUCAGAAAUGGGGAGAAGAUAGCGAGAAUAACUCUGCAGCAGACGACCAUGCACGCUCGUCUUCAUCCGGGCUCCUGCACGCCGUCUCUCUGCCUGGCGUGUCCUCUCUCCUCGGCGCCGAUCCUCGUCGACCUCAACACCGGAAGCUCCACAGUUCUUCCGGUCUCGGUGACUGACGCCGGCGCCGGCGCCGUUUCUCAUGCUCGAAACAAGUUCGCAGAUGGGUCUCCUCCGUUCACGCCCACGGCCGCCACAUUCAACAAGUACGGGGACCUAAUCUACGUAGGGAACUCCAAGGGAGAGAUCCUCGUGCUGGAUUCCCAGACCGUGCAGGUGCGGGCAGUGGUUUCUGUUUCAGGAGCCUCGGUGAUCAAGAACAUUGCUUUCAGCCGGAACGGGAAGAAUCUGCUCACGAACUCGAACGAUCGGGUGAUCAGGGUGUAUGAUAACCUUCUUCCGCUGAAGGGCGCGGCCAAGUUUCUGGAGGCGAUGAGCGGCGAAGUUGGCGAGCUCGAGGGGAUCGAGAAGCUAAAGGUGGUGGGGGCGAAGUGCCUGCAGCUGUUCCGGGAGUUCUCAGACUCCAUCACCAAGAUCCACUGGAAGGCGACUUGCUUCAGCGGCGAUGGCGAGUGGGUCGUCGGCGCUUCCGGGAACAAGGGAGAGCACAAGAUAUACAUAUGGGACAGGGCCGGCCGUUUGGUGAAGAUUCUGGAGGGUCCCAAGGAAGCAUUGACCGAUCUUUCAUGGCAUCCUGUCCGUCCCCUGGUCGCCUCGGUUUCCAUAUCCGGCUGGGUCUACAUUUGGGCCAAGGAUUAUACAGAAAACUGGAGCGCAUUUGCUCCCGAUUUCAAGGAGCUCGAGGAAAACGAAGAAUACGUCGAGCGAGAGGACGAGUUUGACUUGAUGCCGGAGGUUGAAAAGGUGAGGGCUUUGACUAGGCGAUCUUCACGGCUCCUCGAAAACUUGCUCACAUAUUUUUUCCUCCGUGCUUGCAGGCGAAGGAGGUUGACGUCAACGAAGAUGACGAAGUCGACAUCAUGUCGGCGGAGAAGGACUCGGCGUUCAGCGACUCCGACGCUUCACAGGAGGAGCUGUGUUUCCUGCCCGCCGUUCCAUCCCCAGACGUCCCUGAGCCGCAGGACAAGUACCUCGGAAGCUCCUCCAAGCUGGGCGACAGUGCUCAGUCUGUGUCGCCGUUGUCAGUGGAGGCCGGCCAGAAUGACCAGGCCAUGAACCUCGCCUCGAGUCCAAUGGAAGGUGAACAGUAAUCUGGGUUUUGUUUAUUAUGAUGGUUCAUCGGAUGAUCUCUCGUCCUCAUCGACUCCUAUUGUCGCAGUGGUGGGCAACUCUUCGGCAGACAACGCCGGAACCGGAAGCUUGAAGAGGAAGAGGAAGCCAUCGGCCAAGGGGCUCGAGUUGCAGGCGGAGAAGGGCCGGAAGCCCUCCGGCAAAUCCUCCAAAGCCAAGAACAAGCCCGACAGCAGCGGCUCUCUUUUUGAAGAUGGUGCAACGGACGAGUACCCCUGA